CAAGAGGGGCCACAGUUGCAAGAGGCGCAGCCCGCAGCAGCCGCAUCCCGGACCCCCGGCUUGGCAGCGCUUCUCCGCCCCGCGCUUAAAUGAUGUAUUUUGUGAUCGCGGCAAUGAAAGCUCAAAUUGAAAUUAUUCCAUGCAAGAUCUGUGGAGACAAAUCAUCAGGAAUCCAUUAUGGUGUCAUUACAUGUGAAGGCUGCAAGGGUUUUUUUAGGAGGAGUCAGCAAAGCAAUGCCACCUACUCCUGCCCUCGCCAGAAGAACUGUUUGAUUGAUCGAACUAGUAGAAACCGCUGCCAGCACUGUCGAUUACAGAAAUGCCUUGCAGUAGGGAUGUCUCGAGAUGCCGUGAAGUUCGGUCGGAUGUCCAAAAAACAGAGGGACAGCUUAUACGCGGAAGUGCAGAAGCACCGAAUGCAGCAGCAGCAGCGAGAUCACCAACAGCAGCCUGGAGAGGCCGAGCCCCUGACCCCCACGUACAACAUCACCCCCAACGGGCUCACGGAGCUUCACGACGACCUCAGUAAUUACAUCGACGGGCACACACCCGAAGGGAGCAAAGCAGACUCUGCAGUUAGCAGCUUCUACUUGGACAUCCAGCCUUCUCCAGAUCAGUCGGGCCUCGACAUUAAUGGAAUCAAACCGGAACCGAUAUGUGACUACACACCAGCGUCGGGCUUCUUCCCUUAUUGUUCUUUUACGAAUGGAGAGACCUCUCCGACUGUAUCCAUGGCGGAAUUAGAACACCUUGCACAGAAUAUAUCGAAAUCACAUAUGGAAACUUGCCAAUACUUGAGAGAGGAAUUGCAACAGAUAACAUGGCAGACUUUCCUACAGGAGGAGAUUGAGAACUAUCAGAACAAGCAGAGGGAAGUAAUGUGGCAGCUAUGCGCAGUCAAAAUAACAGAAGCUAUACAGUACGUUGUGGAGUUUGCCAAACGCAUUGAUGGAUUCAUGGAACUGUGUCAAAAUGAUCAAAUUGUGCUUUUAAAAGCAGGCUCUUUAGAGGUGGUGUUUAUCAGAAUGUGCCGUGCCUUUGACUCCCAAAAUAACACCGUGUACUUUGAUGGGAAGUAUGCUAGCCCAGAUGUAUUCAAAUCAUUAGGUUGCGAAGACUUUAUUAGCUUUGUUUUUGAAUUUGGAAAGAGUUUGUGUUCUAUGCACCUUACUGAAGAUGAGAUUGCAUUGUUUUCUGCAUUUGUUUUAAUGUCUGCAGAUCGCUCAUGGCUUCAGGAGAAGGUAAAAAUAGAAAAACUCCAACAGAAAAUUCAACUAGCCCUUCAGCAUGUCCUCCAGAAGAAUCACCGAGAAGAUGGAAUACUAACAAAGUUAAUAUGCAAAGUGUCUACAUUAAGAGCACUGUGUGGACGACAUACAGAAAAGCUUAUGGCAUUUAAAGCAAUAUACCCAGACAUUGUGCGAAUUCAUUUUCCUCCAUUAUACAAGGAGUUGUUCACUUCAGAAUUUGAGCCAGCGAUGCAAAUUGAUGGGUAAAUGUAUCACCUAAGCACUUCUAGAAUGUCUGAAGUACAAACAUUAAAAAAAAAACCACAAAAAAAUUAAUCAAGACACUUUAUACGGCCCUGCGCAGACCUGGAGAGCCAACACACUGCACAUCUUUUGGUGGUCGGGGUCAGGCAAAGGAGGGGAAACAAUGAAACAAAUAAAAGUUGAACUUGUUUUUCUCAUGCAUAUGAUUUCCAUUAUGCCUACAGAUACGGACCCUUUUUCUGUCUUGACGUCUCGAUCUCAGACCUCUGUUUACACAGAAUGAGGGUAUUAAGUCAGAAGAUUUCCUUUUUCUUGUAGUUCACUGCCCACAGACUUUCUACAGAGUAACCAAACUGUCAAUAAGAGCAGAGAGUCCAGUAGUAAUCGGUGACUGGUGUGCAUAGCAGAGGUUUCGGCGUUCGUUUGCACAACUUGCUCAUUGUUUCAUGAAGGAAGAAUUUUUUUUUUCACCUACUAUUUCCAGUAGGCAGGAUGGCACGAAGAGUCCAUAGCAAUAGCAACAAUAGCAUUAUAAUAUAUUACAGGGUAAAUGGGCAUGAAGACUAUAUAUAGCUAAAGAGAUAUUGUUUAUAUAUUGUUUUAAUUAAUAUAAAAUGUAGUUACUGGUAUAGCUUUUCUUGUUGACUUGAUAAGGCACUUUCAUUUUGCACCUUUUUCUUUAAAUUAAAUGCUAGCGUGUCAUUGUUGUGUCGCAUGUGCACCAGAAAUACAAGUUUAACUGAAAAAGGUUUGGAAGGUACGUUGGGAGGUAUUUAUGCUGCUGUUUUCAAAAUUACUCUGAAACGAAUGGCUGGUCAUAUCUGGAAAUAAUUACCUUGAUUUUCAUACCAGAAUUAAGGUCAGAAAUGGAAAGAUUUCCAAAUUAGGAUUUGCCUUUUGAAAGGUUCACUAAGCAAAUGUGUUUAUGCUUCAUAUAAAGUGUAAAUGCAGCUAUCCAUGAGAUAACUAUGAGUUUAAACAGACAUGCCAAUGGUUAAAUAAUUUCCUGACUGGAAAGACACCAGAAAGUUGCAGUUCUCAGUAGAUUUAUCUACACAUCCCCCCCAUUAAUUGUCUUUGACCUAGAACAAGUCAAUAAUAAGAAUAUUGAAAUAUAGCUUUUUCUAAAGGAACAAAUCGGUAUACAGGAAGCAUGCUUCCCUGUAUGUAUGUGUGUAUGUAUGUUUGGUAUAAUCUGGAUACCAUGAGACCAUACCACAGAAUGAGGUCUAGGUUUAAUAUCCUUAUAUUUGGAAAAUCCUCAAAUUUAUUUCAUUCUUUAUUUUACAAACAAUGAAAAAUGGCAUCAAAUAUUGAACUCAUUUCUGGCUUAUUUAAUUUUGCUGCACAAGGUAAAACUUUAAAAAAAAAUUAAGCUGAUGCUUACUGCACACGUUUACUCUUCUGUUUAUCUUCAGUUGUUGCAGGGUGUUAUGUAACUUGUUGUGGUGAAUAUUGAAAAGACCUUUUGGUUUUUGUGUUGGGUUGGAGAGAAGGGUUGUGGAUUGGAGAGAAGAGGUCAACAACUUCCUUCAAAAAAUAAUAAUUUUUAUUUUUGAAGAUGCUGAAGUUUAGUUUCAAAACUGGAGAGCCAUUCAUAGACGUGAUUUUAGUUAUUCAAAUAUCAUCCCAAAUUCCAAAAUAUGCAAUAUAAUCCAUGCCCUCCCCCACCAUUUUCACUCUGUCUCAAUUUGGCUCUUCCCCAAUUGUUCUGCAGCUGCCAAGCUGCAUAUUUUCAUUCUGUUUUUUUCCUCAGAAUGGAGUGAAAGAACAUUAUAAAAUACAACUGAGAACCAAAUGUGUCACAGGUUAUGUGCAUUUCCAACUUGGAUCCGAAAGCUAGGAAAAAUGUCAAAGCACAGUCUGGAAGGAACAAGAAAUUCAGGUGUCAUGGGAAGCCUUGAUUUUAUAGCAACCUGGCCAGGCUUGGGCAAAGAUUAACCAUCCAAGCUAACUUCUCGGCCUCCUUGCUCCUCCGCCCUCCAUCACUGCAAAGGGAGUUGGAGAGCCAGAGUUUAAGACACUUUUGUUUGCUUCUGAGGAAAAUUGCUUUGAAUUUUUGAAAGGCUUUCCAGAACCCUUCCAAAGGUCGUACUGUAUUUGCUUCAGACCAUAACAGGGAGGACUCUAGAGCAACAAGCCCCACUUUAAAGUGAAUGGCAAACCUUUCUUUUCCUUCCCCGACUGUUUUAUCAAAUGCUCCCUGUGGAAUACUGUUACUGAUUGCAUUCUCUGUAGCCUACCUGGACUUGAGAUAAUUUAUUCAAUUUAUGAUGACUCACCGAAACCCAUUUUCUCUCCUGUCCUUGUUAUGUAGCUUUUCGGAAUGUUUUUAGAAAGACGAUAUUUUUGCUUCUCAGUGGGUCUUUAUGAAACCCACAUGACAGUUUAAAUAAGCAUAUUUUUUACGAAAGGACAUAGUAUUAGGUGAUAAAAUGAAAUCCCUGUUUCCUAACUGGUUCAUAGAUUUAUGGGUACUUUAAAAAAAUAAAACAUACAAGCAACAGUAAAUACCCAGUGCUUUUCAUAUAGAGAUUGACAAUCAAAAUAUAGUAUUUCUUUGGGAAAUAAGUGUUACUCCCACCACCCGUCAUUUGAAUCAUAGCACCUUUAAAAAGCAAUAGUAAAUGUGCUCUUCAAAGAUUACAGAUUUUUGAAAUUGUCCUAUGAAUUUAUUAUGUUUUCUAAAGAAUGAUUUUUUCCUUUGUUGUCAAGUUAUCCUGAUCUAUCUACUAAAUUUGGGGGUAGUGGGGGAUGUUUUAUUAAGGCAUAUUAACUUUUUUUAACCAAAGCUUUUCUGAAUAUGACCAGCCUCAGGUGCUAGUGCUUUAAAGAGCAACUAAACUUAAUUUCAGUGUCCAUUGGCAAGAUAAUAAGUUAAUCUUCUCGAAGGGUGAGAGAGAUGUUUAGCACAAAUAAGGGUUCCCCUGGUAAAAAUGAAUUUAGUGUGUACCUAAUGUAAACACGUUGCUCUACUCUCAAUAGUAAUCACAUAACCGUGCCGUUGCUCUUAGAGGAAAGUUUGGAGUUAAAUUGAGUUACCUUAAUGAUGCUCUUCAGUCUUUUUGAGAGAGGGGUCUCAAUUUUAUGAGCAGGGCAUAUUGAUUGUAUAGGAAAAAAAAUACUAGGCAUGUUCUGUUAAAUAGAGGAACUCGUAUUAGGAUCUAAAACCAGAAACUCAGUAAUCUGUUCAGUUGAAAAAUAUCAUCAUCAAUAGUAUUUAUUGAGUGCUUACUGUGUGCAGAGCACUGUACUUAGCGCUUGGGAGAGUACAAUAUAACAGAGUUGGUAGAGAUAUAUGCGACAUUAUUUCAGAAAACUCUGUGACGUGAAACAGUGUGUCUAGCAAUGUAGGGAAAAAUCCAGAAUUAACAUUUAAGACCUAAAUCUUCAAUCAGAUUGUUUUAGGAGACACAUGUUAACGGUUAUGUGUGCCAUCAUAAUUACAUCUCAUACCUCUUUUUGAGCUUGUGUAAAUAUGGCCUACUUAGAAAAAUUUCGUUUUAAAUGUUGUGGUAAUUGUUGACACUAUUUCACUGUUUGUAGCCAAUGGAAAAUUUGUCCUUGGUCACCACGAAAACAAAGCUGGAGUCUGAAAUGUGUUCCCAGGAAUUUAGAAAUGCGUGGGAUAAAUAAGCACCUUGGAUCUUUGGGUUUUGAUUUUGGAAACUGCCCGCCCUUAGGUAUCUAACAUCCUCAUUCACCCUUUUGUAGCUUAAGGAUUCGAUGACAUAAGACACUGCUCUAAGUUUGGUUGUUCUUUAUACAGUUUGUAUAUCAUAGUAUGGAUACCCAGGUCUAUAUGAAUGUGUGGGUGGUUUUUGUGUGUAUGAAUGUGUAUCCGAUGGGCGUGAGUGUGUGGCUGCUUCUAGGCUACUAAGUGUCAAUGGAAUAAAGAAAAUGUAUCAAAAAACUUGUCAAAAAUAGAAGGUGGAGGAAAGAUUUAUUCUAUACAAAGCCUUGUCUGGACCACUUUAGAGAGACUUCUAUUUUUUUAACCCUUCUAUAAAUAUUUGAUGGCACUUGAAAUAUUCCUGCAAUAAAAUGUGAUUUGUGUAAAGAAAAAAAAAGAUUUUGUAAUGUGAAACAAUGAAAGAAAGUAAUGUAAUUUUCUAAAAAAAAAUACAAACUAACAAACUUUGUAUUAUUUUCUUGAUGGAAUUUGUCUAUCUGUCUUUGGAAAACUUUUUAUUUCAUUGAAUGUGCCAUAGUAGAAAUGUGUUUUUAAGUUUUAGACUAAGGAAUAGCUGUUUUGUGUUCCGACAUUCCAAGAUGCGAGAUGACAUAGCAGAAUUCUAAGUAAAAGGUUUAAUUAGUAUGUAAGCUUUUAUCAUUGUUGCUUUUUUGCACAUGUUCUUCAUUCCUCUAUAGUGCAAUAUGUACAUAGAGCACUUGCAGGUGUACUUUGAUCCCUCAGGGAAAAAUACAUAUUUGUACAGUUUUUUUUGCCUUUUUUUUUUUUUGCUAUGGAAUGUCGAUCGAAUCACUUGUUUGGUGUUGAGGAGCAGCCAGAUAAUAAUCCUAAAGCCACUGUCUUAAAAUAUUGAUUAUUUAAUUACUUGUGUCCUAGCACUAAGGGUUGUUUGGGUUUUUUUGAAAAAUUUUCUCACAGUUCUUUGUGCUGAUUAGUGAAAAUAGGGUAAAUAAGCACCUUAUGAUUGACUUAACUGUGAAUGACAAUCCAUCUUGUUAUCAACAAUAGAAGCCCUAUCAUUUUGGAGUUGGGGUUAAGAGUCAGAAACUAAUGUGCUCAGGGAUCUUCUAAAACUCUUCAAACAGGGUGGCCAGUACUACUGGGACAAAUUGUGUUUUUUUUAUUAAUAUAAUAAAAUCCCUCCAAGGCACAAGUGAACUGUCUAGAGCUAUUUGUAUUUAAUCUCUGUUUAUGUUUAUCUUAUUCCAUUGUGUGAAUAUUUUGUUCUCCUGUGUGUGAAAAACAUUACACCUAGCAUUUCCCAAGUAGAGCAAAGUGUGGUAGCCUGCUCUCAAACUGGAUAAUACACUGACAGAGGAAUAUCCAUUUGUGUAUAUCAUUUAGGAAUUUUACAGUUAUAAUGUACUCAAUCACGUCACACCAUUACGCAUGAGAAAGUGUUUGAUAUUAUACAUGUGAUAAAUAUCAAAAGAAAACCCUUAUGAAUGGAUGUCAUAAAGAAAGGGCCUUAAAGAAAUCAGCUAGAGCCAACUUCUGCCUCAAUACAAGGAGGAGUGUAGCAAGCAGGGCAAAUUGAAUGGCAACAAAUUAGAAUAUUCCAUUGUGUGCUCUCUUCCAAAGGAAGCCAGAUGUCAUGCCUGUAUUUAACAGUCCAGGAUGGUCAGUUGAAUAUUCUGAUAGCACAGGGCAGUGACUACCAGCCCAAGUGCAACAGUAUUAAUCCAUCAUCUGGGACAAUUUUCCUGGAUUCAACCCUAAUAUCUUACAUGCCUCCCUGAACUGCUGCAAACCCUAUGCAGUUGAGACUUCUGUUUUGCCCUAGAAUUAAGCAGAAAGGUUUUUUUUAUGGUAUUUGUUAAGCGCUUACUCUGUGCCAGCAACUGUAAUAAGUACUGAGGUAGAU